AUGAGAGUGGAGGAUAUCAAGAAGUUAUCUGUCCUUGACCACUCUUGUCUACGGUACAUAUUACGGAUCCGUCGAGCAGAUAAAAUAUCACAAGAUCUUCGUUCAAAUACCAUUUGCAUAAAUAAUGUUAUCACAGAGUGUCGCCUUCGCUGGUUAGGGUACAUUCUUGGUCGUCCACCACAGGAGUUGAUGCAUAUUUCGCUAUUUGCUAAACCAUGUGACGGUUGGCGUCAAAAGCGAGGUGGGCCAAUCAAGACCUGGACUGAUACGGUGAGAAAAGAUUUUGAACGUAUAGGUGGACCAGCAAUAUAUGGACUUAGACGAUGGAAAAAGGAAUGGCUUUCAUUACUGUCGACGAUGGCAUCAGACCGCGCCACUUGGAAGCGUCUUACCCUUGUAGCCGUUGGAGCCAGCCUAACCAGUAAUGUUGGUAAAGAAGUAAAAGUUGUGGUUUACAUGUCCACUAGGCCGCAAGAUUUCGAGCUGAGGAAGGCUUUACGAGAUUUUUGGACAAAUGAAGCAAAAAUGCACGGUAUCGAGGUAGUUUUCGCGAUGGGGCGAUAUAAAAAUGAUUCAAGUGAUAUUAUUUUGGCUUUUAAAGAAAAUUUACUUUACGGAGAUAUAUUUAUGGCGAAUUAUGAAGACACCUAUAAAAAUUUAAUAUUAAAAUAUUGGAUGAAUUUACACUAUCAUGUGCACUAUUGUCAUCAAACAAAUUUUAUGGUUCACGCAGAUUCGGAUACAGUGAUUUUCGCUGAAAAAUUCGCAUCAUUUAUGAAUAAAUAUAAGCAUUUAUAUGAGAAUAAAUUGGGCUGUCAGCCUCUUGCUGGUCCAAGGAUUACUAAUCCAAAUAAUCUGUGGUAUGUGUCUGCUGAUCAGGAACCGUGGCCACAGCUAAUGAGAUAUUGCCACGGAUUUAUGAUCCUUUCAAGCAAUACCGUCGCCAAGAAGCUUCUUGAUGGUGUAGAGAAAAUUGGUAUUGACUAUUUUACAUCAUUUGGAAUAUUCGACGUUGCAACUGAUGUGGAAAUUCUUGAAAUAGAUGGAUUAUACCACAGCAUGCCAGAGCUUGACAACGUGUGCAACGAAUCAACACUUGCAAUACAUUAUAUGAAAGAAGUGAAAGCUAUAGAAAUUACUAUCAAUAAAAGCAAGAAUUGUUCUAUUAUUAACAAAGGAAAGCAUGCCGAUUUAUUGCAAUAA